AUGGUUAAGCCACUUACAUUCAAAGGCGACAAGAAGCCUAAGAAGAGGAAGCGCACCGAAGCGGAAUCAGCCCCCGAAGGCGCAGGCCCAAGUGAGCUUGUAACUGCGCAGCCACUAGAGGAAGAGGGAGACGAUGACAGCUGGGUAUCCGCCGAAUCCUUGGUCGAUGUGGUGGGACCCGUGAUGCUCGUUCUGCCUACCGCGCCCCCUACCUGUCUUGCUUGCGAUGCGAAUGGCAAAGUGUUUACCGAUCCUAUUGAGAAUAUCAUCGAUGGGAAUCCCCUAACCGCCGAGCCUCACAACGUUCGCCAGGUUUGGGUUGCGAACAAGAUUUACGGCACAGAGAACUUCAGGUUUAAAGGCCGUUAUGGAAAAUAUCUAGCCUGUGAUAAACAUGGCAUCCUCGCCGCAACCUCUGAAGCUAUUGCACCGCCUGAGACGUGGAAUGUUAUUGCGACAACCGAUACCCCUGGAACUUUCCAAUUGCAGACACUACACGAGACGUACUUGACAGCUACUGAAUCUAAGAAACCGAACGGUGUCCCUGAAGUUCGGGGAGACGCGACCGAUAUUAGUUUCGAGUCAACUCUGAGGAUUCGCAUGCAGGCAAGAUUCAAACCCAGACUAAAAGCAUUGAAAGAGUUGAAAGAGAAGGCAAAAGUAAGCCGCAAAGAGCUGGAAGAUGCUGUCGGGAGGCGUCUGGACGAAGAUGAGGUUAAGAGGUUGAAGAAGGCUAGACGGGAAGGCGAUUACCAUGAACAACUCUUGGACCUCAAGUCUAAAAACAAGCACGACAAGUAUGGUUGAAGGAAUAUUCGCGAUAAGUACUAUCGCAAUUGUACCAUUAUACAUUGGGUUUCCAGGCCUUGAUAAAUCCAUCUUCGCCCGCACUGAACACCAUCUGUGCCUCGUCAUAAAAGCAAAAACUUCGGACUAUCUCCCCGGAAUGCGCACCCGGUAACCCGACACUGUUGGCUCGAUCAAGGCCCCAAGUAUCGCCUUUCGUCAAGUGGAUCAACUCGAAUGCUUGUUGCCUGUACCAAGUCAGUAUCCGCCGCAACUUUGGCCAAAUUCUCAUUUUUACUCACUCGUGAGCGCCCGCACCAAUCACAGCUCCGGCGCCGUUUGCCUUGGCAAAGAUGUUGGCGAUAUAUUGACAACCAACGACAGCUCUCAUAUCUCCGAAAUCGGUUGUGGCCGCACCGUUCUCAACCCCCUCGGCCAUGUCAUACAAGGCUAAUCUCUCAUCAUGCGAUAUUGCGUACACCUCGGUGUCAUUCAGAAAGGCCGCGUGAUGUAUUGAGGAGUCGUGGUUGAAGGUCUGUAUUAUGACUUCAUCCUCAUCAGUGAUACGAGUGUCGCAGAUGUUUAUAAGGCCGUCUGUCGACC